GGGUGUGUACAUGUUAUUUUUAUUUUUCAUAUGUAUUUAGGCCACAAUUUUCGAUUGUAGGUACUCUUGCCCCCUUUUUUGCGUUGUAAUCCUAAGCACCCGAUGCUAGCUCUCGUUUUUUAGAAAGAAAAAAAUAGCUUAUAUAAGAUUUUGUAGGUCACCGACAUGGGAGGACUAAGGAAAAGCUUCUCGUUAGAUUACUUAAAAGUCCAAUUACACAGGUUUAAGGGCUCCACGCUCCAGUUAAUGGGACUCUCAGCGACCUUUGAGCAACCAAGUGAGUGGUCUAUUACUGGCGGGACAGGUGAUCUUGCGAUGGCGCGUGGUGUAGUCAAGGUGAAAUUCCAUGAGGUGGUAAAGGAUGGAGACACAUGGGAGCUUAGCUUCCAUGGAUUUUGCAGCAUGCAGAGCUUGCCCACUCUCACAAAGGCUGGCCCAUGGGGUGGACAUGGUGGUUCAGGUACGGACUCAGAACAGCCAUGGCGCAUAGAAAGUAUGACCAUCGUCCAUGAGGGGACAAUUGCCAAGUAUUCAUGCACUUACGUUGACCUGUCCGGAAAGAGGCGCACCACGGGUUCUUGGGGUGGUGGUAAUGGUAUCCCCACAAAGGUUUGUUUUUCAUGCAUGUUUUGGUUCUGGGAUUGCUAAUUUUUCAUUACUUCA